GAUAAGAAAAGUGGCGCUAAGGGAGCAUCGAUUGACCUUUUAAACAGACCAGUGAUUGCAAGCGCUGAGUUCGUUGUGCGUGUUCUCAUUGGUGUUUGCUCAGCAAACUUUGCUGGUGUUCGACAUGGGGUAUAAUAGGGGGUUGAAAUUCGGUACAGCUGUCACUGUGCUGACAGUUUUAGUUGCAAUUUAUUUGAGAAAUUCAGAAAACGUUCUUCAAAGACGUUUACAAGCAUUAAUUCACGGCUUAGAGAAACUCGAAAAUAAACACGUGAUCACAUCGAGGCCGAAAGUUGCGAUAGGUUAUGGUGUAUGCACUGACGUCUACGUGAAUGCUGAGCAACUGUUAAAAUAUACCGAAGAAAUUGGACAACCGGAGCAUUUCGACGAAAUAAACACAGAACUCGAAUUGUUAAAAAGUUUCGCCUAUUAUUUUCGUCAUGGUGCUGCUGCGGAGAGAUACAUGGCCAAUCGAACUUUAUUCGACAAGCUUGUUGCUACAGCUCGUUCAUUUCCAUCUUCCUAUUCUACUAUUGGUGGCAAUGCAGCAGUUAUGGCACUGCGAUUUGCAAGAGAAGGAUGUGACGUAACGCUUGGUGCAAAAUUGACCAGGUCUCUGCAUCAAAUGAUACCACAGAUUAUUAAUAUUGUUGGAGGUGAAGUAAAACGAGAUGACAUUCACUUAGUUAUUGAAUAUAAAAAUGGUGAUGUCUGGGGUCCAUAUACCAGCACCAGAGCUAACAGAUACAUAGUUCACAACGAUGCCCACAAUCCAACGAUUAGUUCGUUUGACGCAUUCGACACUCUCCUUUCAACAAACGAGCCUAACUUGCUUGUUAUUAGUGGCCUCCAAAUGAUGGACAACUACCCACUUCCAGAUGGUGUAAGACACAAGCUUCUACUAAAAGUGAAGAAGCAAAUGAUGGAUCGAUCACCAACCACUAAAAUUCAUUUUGAGAUGGCUUCUUUUGCAGAAGACAAACUACUUUUCGAGUUAUGUGAUUCAAUCAUACCAUUUGCAGACAGUUUAGGCAUGAACGAGCAAGAAAUAGCAAAUCUGCAUAAUGCUAUGUAUUAUGGAAACAUUUCUUUAGUAGCUAAUUCUACACCGCGUAUUGCCACAGUCUUAGAUCAAAUGCGAACGUUAUUCAAACUUAUACGCGCAAGGAGCAAGUCUGUUCCUAAUUCUCGACAACUUACGAGAAUUCAUGUUCAUACACUAGCGUACCAAGCCAUAUUUACUAUAAAAGAUUCUAUGUGGAAGAAUACGAUGGCUGCUGCAGCCAAAGCAUCAUUGACAGCGCACAGGCACGUCUGCGCGACAAGCCACGUAGAUGUUAGAAAAGCAGCUUUGAUUUUAGACGACAGCUUUUCAACGUCUAUCGUUGACGGCACUCGAAUAGCACUGGACAUCAACAAACCAGUGUCUUGUUGGGAUGAAGUUUUAAAAGCAGGAAACGAGAAAAUUCCUAUUCAAGUAUGCGUUGCACCGGUAUUGGUUUGUACCGAGGCUGCUCAAACUGCCGGAGGCGGUGAUAAUAUUUCAAGCGCGGGUCUUGUACUACAAAUCUGAACAGAGCAUUUUUUUUCGAAACACGAUUGAACGACACUAUAUUAUAUUCUUUUUGUGUUACGGUUUGCUUGAGCACUCACGUGAUAAAAUUAGAUUUCGAUGCAUAGAAGUUUCGGAAGUUUAGAUUACCAUUCAUUCCACGAGAUACCAUUCCUACAUAUUGGAUUGGUACAUAAUGGCCACGUUUUUCAAAUUUAAAAUUGCGGUCACAAAGAUAUCUGAUGAAAUGUUAUAUACCAUUCGAAAGAGAAUUUUUUAUUUUACUAACAAGAUUGAUAUAUUUCUUGUUUUUAUAAUGAAUUUAAAUUUAAUUGACUUUCAGAUGUUUCAAAGAAAGUGUAAAGUUGACAAAAAAAAAGUAACACAAUAAAAGGAUGGCUAGAAAUUGAUUCACAUGAUUAAAAAAUGGUAAUUUCGACCUCAAAGAUACUGCUCGCUGUAGAUACGAAACACGAGCAAACCAGCAAUAAUUGUGAAACGGUCUUUAUCAUUUUUUAAUCGAGUAAACCAAUUUCGUGUUGUCCUUUCAAGCACUGUAUCUUCUUCAUAAAUAAAAAAAUUCUCAUAAGCAAGCUUUCCAAUAGCUUUAGUACCACG